AACAAAAGAGUUUGUCGAUCGAUGCAGACGUGCGCGCGGACGGUCGCUGUUUCGAGGCCUUGGAUUAUCGUUCCUUAAUCAAAUCUACGAUAUCUCUUCGAUUUUGGAUUGUUGCCGGUUGUGUCGUGCUACCGCGUAAAAUACAAGUGAUCACAAAUAUCAAUACUUGGGAUUAACUAAAAUUAGUGAAUUUCAGAAAAAAUGAUUGUGUCUGUAUAGUGAAGUGAAUCGAUUUAUAGUGAUAUUGGUGAAUAACAGAAAAUGAGCUCAUUUUUAAUGGGAUAUCCUCAUCACCUUCAAUCAAUGGGUAUCAAUAUUGAACCAAAGUUCCCACCGAGUGAUGAAUAUGGGUUCCAUUCAACGGGGUACAACAAUGUUGAUGGAAUUAGUCAAACCGGAAAUGAAUACUUGCAUCAAACACAGCAUGAUGUGCUGCAUCAUAAUAAUAGUUAUCAAUAUGGUAUGAGUGGCCAUUACUACCAUCAUCACAAUGGAUACGUCUCUCCAGCACAAAUGCAUCUGCCAGGCCCGAUUUCCGCGCCUGCAGCUGUGCAACCAUCACAAUCAAGCAACUCAACGCCAAAUCAAAAUAAUGGAUACGUGACAGACUCAACGACGUAUUACUCUGGAUACUAUAGUGGUAGUGGACACCACAUGGAUGUACCGCUGCAUUGUCCAGGAAGUGAAGUCAGCAAUACUGCGUUAGGUUUACAAGAAUUAGGUAUGAAAUUAGACAGACGAAUAGAGGAAGCGGCGCCAGCUGGACAGCAGUUGCAAGAACUAGGAAUGAGACUGAGAUGCGAGGAUGUAGGCUCCGAUCAAGAUGAGUAUCUGGAUGAAGAACGCCUUAUGCUCGAUAGAUCGCCUGAAGAAACCGAGUCCAACGACGGUGAUUUAGAUGACCUUGAUUCCGAUACCGAUCUCGUAGAUGAAAUGAUGACAGCUACGAGCGACGGUGAGAGGAUUAUUUAUCCCUGGAUGAAAAAAAUCCACGUUGCGGGUGUGGCAAACGGAUCAUUCCAACCUGGAAUGGAGCCAAAACGCCAGCGAACCGCCUACACCAGGCAUCAAAUUUUAGAACUGGAAAAGGAGUUCCAUUACAAUCGCUAUCUGACUCGACGGCGACGGAUAGAAAUAGCCCACACACUGGUUCUGUCAGAGCGUCAGAUUAAAAUAUGGUUUCAAAAUCGGCGGAUGAAAUGGAAGAAAGAUAACAAACUGCCGAAUACGAAAAACGUUCGAAAGAAAAACGGAGAUCAAGGUAAAAACAACUCCACAACCAACUCAACGGGCGGCCAAGGCAAAAAAGGUCGAAAGGGGAACUCGUCAAGCUUAUCAAACGCGAAGAAACAAAUGAGUCUUCAAAAUGAAUGCCUUCGCACCGAGAGCCUCGAGAGCAUGACGGACAUCCAUAAUUCAUUGAAUGGAAGCAAUCUUACUUCGGUCCCAUACAUUUCUGCAUCAGACGUCACCGGGGUGCUGACGACGACUAGUAAUAAUAAUAAUAACAAUAAUAAUAAUAACAACACCAGCAUCAACCAAGAUUCAUCGUCUCAUGGUCAACAGCAGCACCAAUCUUUAUUGAACAACCCGACGGCAACGAGUAAUGUAAAUACCGUAGCAUCACAUUCCGUUAGCAUUAAGCAAGACUAUGAUCUUACGUCCCUUUAGAAAAGCCUUCAACGUCAAACAAAGCUAGACAUGUUUUGCUCAUUUGUGAAAUUAACAAAAUCCACCGAGAUCUGAAUACUUCACAUCGCACUUUUAAGGUUCAAUGAAAUUCACCUGAUGGGGAUUGCUGAGGCCAUUCUCUAACAAAAAAUAACUAACAUUAUCAGUUUCAAAAUCUACUUUCCUUACCUAACCCAUGAAACUGUAUCUGUAUAAGCACACGGAAAGGCUAAGCAGUUCGAUGCGUCGCAAAGCAACUUAGAAACAAAGUUGUUGCAUUAUUAAUUUCAAAUUCAAGAAAAUCUCGAUUUUUUUAACAUCAACAUUUUGAUUGAUUGUCAUAAAAUCUUUUACAAGCUUAGCCUUACCGUGCACAAAGAGUCUGAGAAUAGUAAUAGUUUCAAGAUUGAUAUAUAAUUUCAUUUUGUGUCCACAGUUUUUGUGUGCGAAGUUGCAUAAGAAAAUAUAUUUGUAAUUGAUCGUAAGAAUCGUAUCAUAAUUCCUUCAGUAUGAAGAAUGGCGAAAAAUUCGGAUAAAACAGUGAUGUAGUUUAAGGGAAAAAAUCAGAACUGUAAAUAGAUGUAUAAAUAGGCAUAUUAGUCUGUAGUGCAUAGAUUUGAUUUCAACAAAUAUUGUAUUUGGUUUAGUGCCAUUGUCAAGAAAUAAUUUUCUAGUUUAUUUGCCAUAAAUAGUCGAUGAUACAGUAUUUCAAAUUGAACAAUUACG